AUGCCCAAGCCCACACGAUCAACAGAUAGCGCAGUCUACCAAUCUCUCCCCACCCCUUCAUCACAACCCCAACCACAAUCCAGAGGUUCCAGCAUCAUGGAUCCUCGCAGCGGCGACGCAGACCGAUCAGCGUUGCUCAGCCCUGCCUCUGACACCGAUUCCAACGUUGGAAGCUACUCUCGACCUUUCCGUCAGCCAUCACCCAACGUCUCACACUCCAACAUCGUUCAGCCUGGCAAAGGCACGAGCACCAUGCAUUCAUACUCUACCGCUUCGCAAUCCACCAACAGUAAUGGUGGGCCAGCACCUCGCUUUAUGGGUUCCGUUAGAGGAACCUCUGCAUCCGAUAUCAGCGUUCAUUCGUCCUCACAAUUCAGUUCUGCAAGCAGUGGCGAGAAGGCUGCCUUUGCUCGACGUGCUGCCAUGAUCGGGCCUGCAGACUACGAACCAGAAGAAGAUGACUGGCUUCACGAACCCGGAUCCAAGCACAACAACCGCAGUCAGCAAGCAGCAAACUCAGCAGCAUCCAUGCGGGGUAUCUUGAACGUCGGCACCUUGCUCCUCAUCCUUGCUUGUCUCCUCAUGCUUUUCUUGGGAUACCCUGUCAUCAUCGAGAUCCGCAAACAGCACGCCGAUGGCACAGCCUCCACAUCUCUCUCUACCACUAACACGUACACCACCUUCCCCAUGGAGAUGAAGCGUGGUCUUAUCGACCAGCAAACCCCUGCCGCUGCCUACAACCGCGCUUCCCCCGUCGACGACUCCAAAUGGCACCUUGUCUUCUCUGAUGAAUUCAACAUCCCCGGUCGUACCUUCUGGCCUGGCGAGGACCCCUACUGGCAAGGUUUCAACGGCUGGUACUCCGGUACAAACGAUUACGAAUACUACACCCCUGAAGCCAUCAAUACCACCGACGACGGUUACCUCCAAAUCAGCUUUGAAGAGCGUCUCACACACAACCUCAACUUCCGUUCCGGUAUGCUUCAGAGCUGGAACAAGGCUUGCUUUACGGGAGGAUACAUGGAAAUCCGAGCACAGCUUCCAGGUAGUUCUCAUGUUGCUGGUUACUGGCCUGGUCUUUGGUUGAUGGGUAACCUCGGUCGACCGGGUUACAACGGUGCAAACGAAGGUAUCUGGCCUUACUCGUACGCUGGAUGCGAUACCGGCUCACUUCCUAACCAGACAUGGGUCAAUGGUACUGGUCCCGCUCACGCUACCUACGCAAACGGUGCGUUCAGUUAUCAAGUCAACCAUAAGCUGUCCUACCUUCCUGGUCUUCGUUUCCCAGCCUGCACUUGCCCCGGUGAGGACCACCCUGGCCCGAACAACAACGUCGCUCGUAGCAGUCCGGAGCUGGACAUGCUCGAAGCAACUAUUGGCGGUACAGGUGGUAUGAGUUCGCAGUCUUUGCAGGUCGCACCUUUUGACAUCGACUAUUUCUACAACAACCGAUCGGGAACCGACUACAUCAUUCACGAUGCAGACACAACCGAGAUCAACACUUACCACGGAAACGAGCUUCAAGAGUCCGUCUCGGCGCUUUCGCAGAUUCCUAGCCGUGGCUACCAGAGAUCACCCAAUGCUGACUUUGUUAACUUUGCUGUCGAGUGGGAACCGGAUAUGACCGGAAAUGGGUUGGGAAUCAACGGUGAACCAGCGUACAUCACAUGGUACAUAGACGAUAAGCCCACCUGGACGUUACAUGCCAGCGCUCUCACUGGCGUACCAGAGCUCGACAUCUCGAGGCGAUUGAUUCCAAGAGAACCAAUGUCGAUCAUCCUCAAUGUGGGAAUGGCUUAUAACUUCCAGCCCCCUAUGUGGAGCGAUCUCGAGUUCCCCGGAACAAUGAAGGUCGACUAUGUUCGCAUGUACCAGCGAGACGGACGACCCGACAGAGUCAGUUGCUCGCCUAAAGAAUUCCCCACCCGCGAGUAUAUCGAGAGACAUGCUGAUGUCUACCAGAACAACAACAUCUCCAGGUUUCCUAAGGAUCGUAUACCGAAGAAUAGGAUGACUCACCCAGGUUGCUAG